GAUAACAAUCAAAAAGUGAUACAAACCUUGUGUUUGAAAACGAAAAUCAUUUGCAGAAAUGAAUUCUAAAAUGAAUAUCAAUCAUCGAUCAAAAAUGAAUUCUUUUAAAUUACAUCAUUUGAUUCGAAUGUUAAACUAUCCAUUUCGAAUGGCCAUACCUCUAUUUCCACCCAUCAUCAUAAAUCGAAUUACAUUGAUGAAAAUCAACAGACUAGUUCAGAAUAGCCAGGUGAAAAGAUUUUCAAGUUUAAAUUUUUUGUUUGUAUUCACAUUGUUUACAUCGUCAUUUAUUCGAGCUGGUUCAAUGUGUUUAUUUCGUAAUGAUCAACAUAUAAUAACGACAAUAACUGGAUCGAUUUUUCAUCUACUUCAUACGAAUCGUUUACAUCCAGAAAUGGUUGCUUUCCAUUUCGGUGCCGAACAAUGUCUUUAUCUUGCAUUAAUAUUCAGCAGCGAAAAAUAUUAUCAUUUCUUUCGUUUAUUAAUAUCAUAUUGUCAUCAGAUUUAUGAUCCUUUUAUGAGCAUUGAAGAUAAUAAGAAACGACGAUUACAAAUUUUUCAUUUGGAAAUAUAUGAACGACAUUUGAAUUUUGUUCGAUCUUUAGGUCUACAUUCUAAUUCAAUCGAUCUAAUCAGCCGCAAAAUACGACAUGAAUUUCGAAUGCAAGCAAUCGUAUUGAUAUCCGUGCCAAUUACAUUGUUUUGUAUGGCAACGAUUUUCCUAUACAGUAUUGAUCCAUAUCGAAAUAAUUUCUGGUUAUUCAAUUAUUCAUACUUUUGGUAUUCAUUUUACAAUUUCAAUUUGGCAUUUUUCACCACCGUUUGGGCCUAUUUUGGUCUAUUAUAUACAACCAAUUUAUUUGCUUACUUUCGAAUAAUCUGUUCGAUUUUAAUUGAAAAAUCUAAAUUGAAUCAAAAAUUGUUGGAAAGAUUUCAACCACAAUCAAGAAAAUUAAUGAUCAUGCCGUUUCGGCGACAUUUGUAUCAUCAAUCCAAGCUUUAUUGUGAAAUUCGAAUGAUCAAUGAAUUUUGGUCUAAAUAUUUAUCAUUCACAUUUCUGGUGUAUAUAUCAUUGUUUUGUAAUGCAUUAUAUGUGACCAUUAUGACCGAUACUUUGAUGUCAUUGAAGAUAUUCUUUUUUACAUUUACCAUACAAUCAAUGUUGGUCGUCAGUAUAUUGACAAUUAUAGCUGCCACCUUAUUCAAGCAUAAUUAUUUUAUCCAUAAAAAAUAUUAUUCUUUAAUGGGUAAACAUUUUGAUUGUAUCGAUUUGUCAACCAAAUUCAAAAUGACGCAAACAUUAGACCUAAUCAAUAGCCAUAUAGUUGGUUUCACAUUGAUGGAUGGAAAAAUCAUUCAAAAUGAUACAAUUCUAUUCAUAUUAUUACAGACAAUAACAAUGUUUAUUCUGGUCACACGAAUGGUAUGAGAGCGAUUAAUCAAUUUCUCCCUCGCCCAUUACUACUACUAAUCUUGCGAUUGGAUUCAGUGGCAAAAAAAUACGAUCAAAAAAGUUGACAAUCUGUAACCAAAAGAAAAUUUGUUCUAAAAAAUGAAGAAAAAAAAAUAAUUUACAACUUUAAGCUCCAAAACAUUAUCACAAUUCACUCAGAGAAAAGAAUUCAAUGUCUUCGAUCGAAAUCCAUUUGAGGCACAAAUUUUUCUGUUUCAUGUUGAACGGAAUUAACUUACGUUUUCUUUUUUUUCAUAUAGUUUUUUGUUCAAUGGUAUUCUUCUGGAAAAAAACUUUUCCACAAAUACAUUCGAAUCGUGAAAUUGACAUGGCACUUUUGAAUCCAUCAUGAUUCGUGAAUCGAUGUUAAAUCGAUAUUCAAAAUACUGAAACAAAUUCUCCCACAGUUAAAUUGGACUGAGACCAAAAAAAACAGAUCGAUAAUCAUAUCAUAAAGUAGACAAUGAAAAAUUGGAUCGAAAAAUUGAUUUGUGACAAAGAUUUGAGCAAUGCCAAUGGAUCUGAAAAACAAUUGCAAAAUAAUAAAUGUCAUUCGUUUCAUA